AUGAACAAGGACAUCAAGCGCUGGGUUCAAGCCUGCAUUCCGUGUCAGCGGACUAAGGUUCACAGGCACACCCGCCUCCAUCCUUCUCAGUUUCCCGCGCCAGACAGCCGCUUCGCUCACAUCCACAUCGACUUGGUGGGACCACUCCCAAUAUCAUCCGGCUAUCGUUACAUCUUCAUCAUCAUUGACCGCUUCACCCGUUGGCCCGAGACUGUACCGGUACCCGACUCCACUGCAUCCACAGUUGCAGCCGCACUCUUGAACACCUGGGUGUCGCGCUUCGGUGUACCCUCUAUCAUCACGUCAGACCGAGGUCCCCAGUUCGAGCCCGCCCUCUUCUCUAGACUCGUCAACACACUGGGCUGCAAGCGGAUUCGAACGCCUGCCUACCACCCGGCGUCAAACGGCCUCGUGGAGCGCUUCCACCGACAGCUCAAGGUUGCCCUCCGGGCUGCUCCCGAAGCACCCUGGCCAGAAGUCAUACCGCUCGCGCUCCUGGGGAUCCGCUGCACCUUCAAACCUGACAUAGGCUGCGAUGUCUCCGAGCUGGUAUACGGCACAUCCCUACGCCUCCCCGGAGAUCUCAUCUGCCCGUUGCCAGGCAGCACUGCUCUCUCACCAGCUGACUACGUUUCGCGGCUCCGCCGUACUAUGGCCGCCCUUCGUCCAGCAACAUCUCGGCCCUCGCGUGUGUCCUCGGCCUUCCAGCAUCCCGACCUCGCCUCCUGCACACACGUCUUUGUGCGCUGUGACGCUGUACGGAAGCCCCUGCAACCGCCCUACACAGGCCCUCACCUCGUGCUGCGCCGUUCACCCAACUUUUACACCAUUCAGCUGAACGGCCGCCUUUACACUGUUGCCUUAGAACGGCUUAAGCCGGCGUACGUCGACGCUGUACCACCGUUGCCGCCCUCCUUCUCCGUGGAGCAACUCUACGACUCACCCUCCACGGCAAGCUGUCCGCUCACUACUCCAACUACUCUUCCCCCACCGUCGCCUCCUCGGCUGUCUACCCGACUCAGACCGCCCCGACAAGUCACUUGGGCUCCCAAGCUCGUUUCUAUUAGCCAGCUUCCAGCGCUUGGCUAG